AUGGCAUCCAAUGCGCCUCAGCUGCCAUCGCGGUUUCCGUGUUGGUGUCGAGCUGUGUACUCUUGGGGAGGACAAGCAAAAGGAGACUUGGGAUUUAUUGAGGGCGACUUGAUCGAGUGCUUAAAUGCAGGUGAUGGACAAUGGUGGAUGGGUCGUCUACGCCGCGAUAGGCGUGCAGUUGGACUAUUCCCAUCAAACUUUGUGGAGCUCAUGAGUGAGGAUUUUGUUCCUAUCAGCCGUGACACAAGCCAAGUAAUUCAAACCGGCUCUUCGCCGAUCAACAACCCAACCUCCGCCCCCAAGAAGCACAAGACGGUUUUUCGCAAGCCCUUCCAAGCGCAUAAAGAAGCCCUUUCUCCAUCGUCAGAACUGUACAAGAGCAGAACCGGCACGACUUCUCAAAAAAGUCUGAUUCCUGCAACACCACCAAGAGAUGGAGGCGGUGUUCACAGAAGUGUCAAGCCCCUACGCACCCAUGCAACUGCAGUCAAAAACCAAAGCGGAUCCUCAUCUCGCCCCUCGUCUGUGUCCCCCAGACCCUCGUCGCAUGGCACUUCUCCCCGUGCAUCGGUGGACCCAGAAACUUCUCCCUCUACAAUGUUGUCCCGAAACAGCUUCUCAUCGUCUCGUCCGUCAUCUCGCGAGGUCUCGCCAAUGCAGUUGCAAGAUGUAUCACCGAUACAUCUACAUAACCGCCGGUCAAUGAUAGAAGAUCGAUCUCAAUAUCAAAUACCAAAUCGCUCACCGUUACAACAUAUUGAAGACCGAGAGAGAUCUCCACUGCAGUUUCAUCAGCGUGCUAGGUCCCCCAUGCCACACGAACGAGCCAGAUCUUCAAUGGAUUACCAAGAACGAGCUAGAUCUCCUAUGCCACAUGAGCGCGCGAGAUCUCCAAUGCCAUAUGAGCGUGCUAGAUCGCCUAUGCCACAUGAGCGCGCGAGAUCUCCAAUGCCAUAUGAUCGUGCUAGAUCUCCUAUGCCACAUGAGCGCGCGAGAUCUCCAAUGCCAUAUGAUCGUGCUAGAUCGCCUAUGCCACAUGAGCGCGCAAGAUCUCCAAUGCCAUAUGAUCGUGCUAGAUCGCCAAUGCCACAUGAGCGAGCGAGAUCUCCAAUGCCAUACGAUCGUGCUAGAUCACCAAUGCCACAUGAGCGAGCGAGAUCUCCAAUGCCAUACGAUCGUGCUAGAUCACCAAUGCCACAUGAGCGAGCGAGAUCUCCAAUGCCAUACGAUCGUGCUAGAUCGCCAAUGCCACAUGAAAGAGCCAGGUCUCCCAUUCCACAGGAAUUCCAGGAGCGCGAGGAGUCUCCUCCUCCCCCACCUCCGCCGCACCGAGUGGCAAUCAACACUGUAUCCUCUCGGCCUCCUCGACAAUCACACUCUCCUGCUCCUCUCAACAUGAAUGACCGUUACGUGGCACUAGCGCGAACCCCAUCCCCCAGUGCAAGGUCAGCACGAUCGGACAUGAAUGGGAAUACCCCAUCUCCAUUGAGAGAUGCUAUGGAAGACGUCAUGACCUCAUUAGAGGACAUGGGCUUACCACGCCAACCUCCUUCGUCAUUCCCACAACGUGCUCACUCACCAUCCUUUAACAAUCCUUGGUCAGGGAAUGGGUACGAUGAUGACAAGACACCACCUGGUAACAGACGCCGCCCAACAACAUCAAUGGGCUUUGAUGGGCACAAGGAUCAUCAUCGGGGGGGUAGGGGUAAUGUGUACUCACAUGAUCACUACAUGGAUGGACCUCCUCAGCUCAACAAUUACGUGCAAAGGAUGGAGAGCCGCCUCCGGCAGUUGGAGGAUCAGAACCGCCCUGAUAAUGAUGCAGUUGGUGGUCAAGCUCCUCCACCUCCCCCAAAGCAUUCUAGAUACAAUACGCGACACGACUCCAUUCCACACCUCCAGACCCGCCGCUCUAAUCAGGACUUUCGUGGAGACAGUCUCAGUCGCUCCUUCACCAACAAGUCAAGCGCCACAAGUUCGAGUGGUGUGCAGAGUAUUGGCACUCAAUUGACCACUAGCACGGAUAAAACAAGCAAGAGUUUGAUGAGUGGUAUUUCUGCAGGUGGCUUUAGUGCAAAGAGUGCAGGUAGCUAUGCUCGACGAAAUGGCGGGCACGUUAGACCAAAUACAGCCAUGGACACUUUCCGUUCUCGAGGAUUUGACGACGCUGAUGAUAUGGAUAGACCAUUAACUCCAAUGACAGGUGUUUCUUAUCACUCGAGUCACAAUACAUCACGUCAGGGAGCUUCAUCUGCUAUCCCAUGGUCAUCCACAGAUCAAGACGUUGGAGAUUCUGUGGGAGUUUUUGGUGGUCUAUCGACUCCUAAAACUAAAAAGCAAGGGUUUUUUAAGAAAAUAUUUGACUCUGCUAAAACAGGUGCAGCAAGCGCCAGGAGCAGCAUCUCGGCUGGUAGAGCCGGUUCCAGCUCCCCAACUAAGGGUAAUAGGACGAUCGAUGUGGCCUCACCACUCACCCCACGUUCGAAUCGCGGAACUAGCCGGGAUCUAGGACAUGACAGCAAAAUUGGCUGGGUUAAAGUUCGUCAAGAUGUGAUCCGGGCAUCUUCCCCGAGUCGAAACGAGCGAAUUGAGAGGGCCGAACGAUGUCAGAUGAUGGACCAUCCUGUCAUAUAUUCAGUUGAAGAGCUAUAUGUUACCGCGGAGGGUGAUGAGAGCAUUGAUGGGCUGCCGAUUGGGGAACCUACAAAUUUCAACUUCCCAAAUUUGACUCUGGUCGACAAGAGUGCCCGUUUUAUCAGCAAUAUUCCGCCUACGACCAAUCCUAUCAGUCUCGCUCAGACCCAUAUCUGCCGGCCUUAUAAAAGCGACGUUCAACGCCUACGCGCAAUCUUUACAUGGGUUAGUGAGAAAAUAUCUUGGGAAGAGCCUGGCGAUGAUCUUGAGGUCGACUUGGCAAGAGUUCUUCAAGCAAAGCGGGGCAGCCCAGAGGAGAUUGCCGUUUUGGUCAGUGAGAUGUGUACGGCUGUUGGUUUGCAUGCAGAGAUUAUCCACGGUUAUCUCAAGAGCCCCGGAGAAGCGCUGGAUCUGGAUAGUUUGUCCCACCCUAAUCACUGGUGGAACGCUGUUCUAGUUGAUGGUGAAUGGCGCUUUAUGGACUGUGCACUGGCGAACCCGACCAAUCCCCAGAGGACUAAAUUUGUGACGAGCAAUUCUUCACAGGCAGAAAGCUGGUACUUCCUGACGCGCCCACUUGACAUUUGCUAUACCCAUGUGCCUAUGUAUCCUGAAGAGCAGCAUAUUUGUCCACCAAUCUCACCCGAUGUGCUACUGGCUCUGCCCCCAGUAUGUCCACAAUUUUUCAAGCUGAACGCCCAGUUCCCGGAUUAUGACACUAGUUUGAUUCGAAUCGAUGGGCUAGAGUGCCUUCAGAUCUGUCUUGUAGUUCCAUCUGACGUUGAGUGCGCUGCGGAGGUAGAAUCUCCAGCAUUUGCGCGCGAUGCGGACGGCGACUGCUUUGAAAGUGGCGACAUCGUGAGAAAACGUGCCUUGGUUCAGCCAGAUUGGUUCCGGGGUCAAAAGCGAGUCACUAUCAAGGCUGUACUGCCCGGUGACGAGGGGCAGGGUGUACUGAAGGUGUACGCUGGCAAGAAAGGCCUGAUGCAUUCCAACAAAGAUAUUCCACAUCCCUUGGCACUCGCUCUUCCGAUCUUCCACACCGGUGAAAAUCCACCUUACGAUUUUGUGGUCCGUCAUCCCACGCCGCAUGCCCAACGCCAUGAUCUGUAUAUUAUGCAACCGCAAUGCGCUCGCCUAGCAGUCAACAAUACCUACAUUUUCAAUGUUCGACAACAUCCGGCUUCUCCUCCCACGCUACCCAAGGAUGAGUACCCUAACAACGAGCGCGCCUCGCCUUUGGCCGUCAUUCGUCCAGCCAGUGCAUUGAGCAUGAUUUCUAGCACGGCUGGUGUAUCCACCGUGUCGAGCGGCUCAAACGAAUUUUCUAUUUCAACCUCGGCGAUUUCGUCAACCAAGUCUGCUGGAGGACGCGAAAAGCCUGCUAAACUGGCCAUCCAGUCUCCAGCUGGCAAGAUUCUGCGCCUCAUAAGAAAGGCUGACCACAUGAUGGCCAAUGACAAUCAAAGUGAUUCGGUAGCUGAUGGUACUGCUGAGGGCAGUGUCUGGGAGACCGUGAUCAAAAUUGGUGAACGAGGAACUUGGCGUGGCCUGGUCCUUGCUGAUCGAGUGGCACGGUGGUGUGUGUUCUGUGAGUGGGAGUGUGUUUAA